CAACACCCCCCCCCCCCAAUCGCCAUCUUCUAGCUAGCAGGUCUGAGUGUUAAGCACCGUAGCACGGAUCAUUUCUGUCAUAUUUGUUGCUUGUACUAUAUUAUACAAUGAGUGACAUUGAGGAUGGAAACUAUGAGGGACGGGAGUCUCGCUCCCCAUCUAAAUCGGACCAUGGAAGUCCAGCUCGGGUCAAGUCGGAGAGCAGGUCCGGCUCCCCGAGUCCUUCCCGGGCCUCCAAACGCUCUGAGUCCAGAUCCCGUUCUCGUUCAGAAUCUAGGUCUCACUCUCGGCGGCACUCAAACCGCCGCUACAGCCGUUCACGCUCUCGUUCCCAUUCCCACCGGAAGAGGUCCCGUUCCCGUUCCUACAGCCCUGAAUAUCGCCGCAGGAGGAGCCAGAGCACCUCUCCCAUGUCCAACCGGCGCCGCCACACUGGCAGCAGGAGCCAUGACUUCACAAAAGAAACAUACAGUCAUGGCGGUGAUGCCGAUGCCAGGGCGAACCCUGACCCCAACACAUGUUUGGGAGUGUUUGGCUUGAGCCUGUACACCACAGAGCGUGACCUGAGGGAGGUUUUCUCCCGCUACGGUCCUCUAGCCGGGGUGAACGUGGUCUACGACCAGCGCACCGGUCGCUCCCGUGGCUUUGCCUUUGUUUACUUCGAAAGAAUUGAGGACUCCAAAGAGGCAAUGGAGCGAGCCAACGGCAUGGAGCUGGAUGGGAGGCGCAUCAGAGUGGAUUAUUCCAUUACCAAGCGUCCCCACACCCCCACGCCAGGAAUCUACAUGGGCCGACCAACACAUAAUGGUGGCGGCAGCAGCAGUGGGGGCAGAAGGGGGAGAGACUCUUACUAUGAUCGUGGCUAUGACCGCUAUGACAGAUACGACGAGUAUGACUACAGGUAUAGUCGCAGGCGCUCUCCGUCACCCUACUACAGUCGAUACAGGUCUCGCUCACGGUCUCGCUCAUACAGCCCACGACGAUACUGAGCUGCUUCCUCCAACAUUCAGAUUCUCUUCCUUCAUUACUGGUGUCGGAUUCAUCAAGCUGUUUCAGAGGGGAACAUUUUGAGAUAGCGAGUCUUUAUCAACAGCGAGAACUCUUAAGUUUGUGAUAAGAAGUGUUGUUUACAUGCAGUAGAUGUCUUAAUUUUUAGACUUUUUAAUGCAUCUAUGUUGAGUGUGAGCAAGUGACCGGUCAACUGAUGGUUAACUUGUUGCUUGGUUGCUAGACUUGCAUCCUUCCUUCCCUCUCCAUUUUCUUACGCAGUGAUUUUGUAGUGAUGGUUAAUGAACAGUGUUCUCUUAAUCUAUUCCCUUGGCCUGUAAUAUAGCCUUUGUCAUUACCGGGAAGGAAAGAUGCAGGACAACCAGGCUUAGGGAUGCAGUAGCUUACACUAUUAAUGUAAAUAAUGGUGACACUUCAUUUUACAACCUGCAUUAGGCAGGUGUAACAAAGAAAAUAUGAAAACUCUGUGUGUGAAUUGUAUGAUUAUAAUCAGGUUAAAUUGUGUUUCCUAGUGCCUAGUGUAACUCAGUUUCCUGGUAAGUACUAAGUAAAAAUUGGGCUGUAAAUUGAAGUGUCACCAAAAAUCAGUUGUCGGGUCUCUGCUCACCUGAGUCACUUUUUUGGUGGAGGAAGUCAACAUUUGAGUACCUCUACACAAGAGUUUUAUUUUCAUGUGUUAUGUUUCGUAUUGUUAUUUCUUUGUAUGGAAAUAUAUAAAAAAAAAAAAAAAAAUGAAAACUCCA